CAGCGACGCAGACGGGGCAGGCUCUGCCGCAGCGACUCAUCCUAUCGAUAAGGUUCAGUUAGCCAAGGUGGAGGAUGGGAAAAGAAUGGAAGUGUCCCAGCACCUCAAUGAGAUCAGGGCAAACUAUGAAAAGCUCCUCACCAGCAAUCAGAUAGAGACGGUGCUCUCAGCAAGGCUCCAGCUAGAAGAAGAUAUCAGCAGAAAAAUGGACAAAGAUGAAGAGGCUUUGAAGGCAGCUCAAGCAGAACUCAAGGAGGCUCGACGCCAGUGGCACCACCUGCAAGUGGAAAUCGAGUCUCUCCACGCCGUGGAAAGGGGCCUUGAAAACUCCCUGCACGCCAGUGAGCAGCAUUACCAGAUGCAGCUGCAAGACCUAGAGGCUGUGAUUGAAGGACUAGAGAGAGAGCUACAGGAAGUCAGGCAGGGCAUCGAAAGGCAGCUGCAAGAGCAUGAGAUGCUUCUCAACACGAAGAUGAGACUGGAACAAGAAAUAGCAACUUAUCGCCGCCUCCUAGAAAAGGAAGAAAUCAGAUAUUAUGGUUGUAUCCAAGGUGGGAAAAAAGAUCAAAAACCUACCACCAGUAAAGUUGGUUUUGUUUUACCUUCAGCCAUUAUAAAUGAAAUAUCUUUUUCAACAAAACUCUCACAAAAGUAUGAGGAUGAAAAAGUGGAAACAGUGACCAAACAGGCAAUAUUAAAUGGGAAUAUUGUGAAGGAAAGCACUGAAGCUCAUGGCACUAUUCAGACAGAGAAAGUGGAUGAAGUUAUUAAAGAAUGGGAAGGUUCCUUCUUUAAAGAUAACCCUCGAUUAAGGAAAAAAUCUGUUUCUCUUCGGUUUGAUCUUCAUUUAGCAGCCACUGACGAAGGCUGCUUACAGACUAAGCAGGAUAAUCUGCCAGACAUAGAAGUCAGGCUCAUCAUGAGACGAUCAUGCAGCAUCCCCUCUAUCAAACCUCCGUCAGCAACUAGUUAAUCCAAUGAUUUGAAUUAACAUUUGAUUUGCAAAUGAUACUAGGAUGGACCAGGGUGUGCCAUGCUAACCCCUUCUGUCCUAAAAUGUAAGUUAUUAAGUGUAUAUGGAAAAUGUUAUGAUCCAUGUGUGAUUGUGAUUCUCUUCAGAAGAGCACACACACACAUUAAGGGGAAAAAAUUUCUGAAUCCAAUUAUGGAUAUGCUUUUUAGAGAGGGAGAACCUAAAAAUAAAAUCAGAAAUUCAGUUUGGGUUCUAUUUUAUUUAUUCUCUAAAGUCUUCUCUUUCCCUGGAAAUUUUAUUAGAGAUUGUUUGAGUGUUUACUUGGCUUAGUUAAGUCUGUAAUGUCAUUCAAUGGCAGAAAACUGUAAGGAAAAAAGAAUAAUUGGUUUAAAGAUAACUGUAUUAUGUAAAGGGUCACACUGAGUUAUUCAUUGUUAUUCUAUGUCUGGCUAAAACAAAAAAGGUUGUUCUAAUUUAAAAAAAAAAUUAUAAGCAGACUUCUAAGGGGAGGCUCACUAGUCACUUCAGAUUUUUCCUUUUGAGACAAUCAUUUGGACACUUAAAAAAAUAAGAAAAGUUAUUUUCCAUGAGCAGUUUUGAGAAAACUAUAGAAUGCACCACAAGGCUAUUUUGAUGACUGAAUAAAAUUAAUUUCUACAUCUGAAUUUUUUGUAAUCAGGAUUGACUUUCAGAAGAGUUACUUUAUUAAAAGGACUUUAAGGGUUUGGUCCUUUCACCAAAAAAGAAAAGAAAAGAAAAAGAAAAAAAAAUUCAGAAGGUUUAUUGUACAAAGCAUGAAAAACAACUUGAAAAGGUGAUUCCUGAAGUUACUAGAACAGUCACCCAACCUCUCAUCUCAAAUUUUACAACCAUAAAGUUAAAUGGGAUUCAAGAGUUUGCUCUGAGCCUUAGAGACGAUACUAUACGAUGUAAUAUAAAUUUCUUGCAGUAAUUUAUGUGAACUAAGAUAACAAUAUUGUUAUCUAAGGUAAAAGUGUUUAUAGGAUUUGUUUUUAAAUUGUUCAAACUGUCAUAAAUAUGAAUAGAAAAUAUAUUUGUGAAAGUGAAGUAUCAUUGCAAAGUUUUUAAAACAACCUAAAUUGUUUGAUACAGGUAUAUUUAUUAAGUCCUUAACUAAUAAAUACCUGUUGUAAAACAUUAGAAAUUUAUAGGCUAUUAAUUUUUUUUCUAAGCAGAAAAAAAAUGGUUGAAUACAACUGACAGAUGUUUUUCCAGCUAAAGUAUCGUGUAAGGGCUACAGCUAUGUUAGCAUUUUAGUACAAUCUUUAAAAUCAAUCUCUCUCUCUCUCUCUCUCUCUCCAUUAAUAUAUAUGUAUGUAUAUGUGUAUAUAUAUUUAUAUAUAUAUCAGUAAAAUGUGUUUUAAACAGAAGAAAAUUAUGUUAAAUAAUCUUUUAAUCUUUAACAUAAUACAGAGAUACAUUUUAAAUUUUCUUUUGACAACUUCGGAUCCUUUUAGCCUGUCUUAUUCUAUUUAGUGAAAAGAGGUUUUUUUGUUAUUGUUCUGGUUUUUUUGUUUGUUUGUUUGUUUGUUUUGUCAAGACUACAACAGCAUGUUAAGUGCUCAUUCUUGCAUAAGCAUCUGACCUAAAACUUACCCUAAACAUAAAAAUGUUUCAUUUGGGCUGGAGUGUAACUCAGUGGUAGAGUGCUUACCUAGCAUAGGGGAGGCCCUGAGUUUAAUCCCCAGCAGGACAAAAAAAAAAAAAAAGUUUCAUUCAAUAUUAGUUAAUGUUAUAAACUUUACUAAAGCUUUAAAAAUGCAAUCAUAUAAUGUAUUGUACUGAAGUUACUAUACUAAGCAACAGUGA